GUCGGCUUACAAGUGUAGCGCGCCCGGUGUUUAGUCUGAAAUUUAACCAACGUGUUGUAAACAUGUAGUUAUAUUUUAAACUAAAAAAGCAGCAUAUUUGGUGGUUAAAUAUGUCUAAUGUAUAUGAAGACACGGUUGCAGACUUUGAUUUAAAUUUCUUACAGCCUUCGAUUCAUAAUGUGAACAUUGCAAGGAUUGAAAAACAACGACAGUCUCUAAUAAAUGUCAAGAACAAAAUCAUAGCAAGCCAUUGUCUUCUGCAAAAAUUUUACUUACAAAGAGAUAAACUCGAUGAAACUGAAAGUUUGCUUUUAGCUUCGAAAGAGGAGUGUAAACAAGCCUGUCUCGAUUACAAAGUCACUUUAGAAAAAUGCAUUCAAAUGGAAAAGGACAUGAUAAAGUUAAAAGAGGUAAACAAAGAAUUAGAACAAAAGAUAAAUCAUCUGGAUAACCAAUGUGAAGCAAUGAAAUCCCAUGCUCACCAAUUACAAUUAUUGGUUAAAGAGCAUGAGUCUGUAAUAGAAGCUUUAAAUAUAGAGAAACAAUUAGAGAAAAGCACUGUUAAGGAUAAUGAGAGGAAGCUUGCCACACUUGAGAGAGAAAAAGAUCAAUAUUUAAGAGAUAUCCAGUGGAUGCGAGAUGUUAUUUUGGGUAAAAAAAAAACGAAAUCUUGUAAGGAUAUCCUAAACAAAUAUAAGGAUCUUAAGGGAUUAGACGAUAAUUUAGAAUCUGACAACAGUGAUGAUGAAAGUUUUCUUGGAGAUAGUCCUGUUGGUUCACCUACUCAUGAUCAGCAACAAAAUAAGGCUGUAGCUAUGACUUUUAGUGACAAGAUCAUAAAGGGAGCCAUUUAUGAAUCUGGUCCUGAUCAUAAAAUUAAAGAAACACCAAUGAUUGAAAAUGAUUAUGAUUGUUGUACUGAAGAAGUGGUCAGUGAAGAUACUGGCCGAGGAUCAUCAUUAGCAUUUUCUGAUGCAGAAAAAUUUUUGAAUAGCCCUGACUUGGGAUUUGCUACUGAAGGACACCACAAUGUGAACAAUAAAGAAAUUAUUAUCCAUGUUGAUGUUGCCACUAGUCCCAUUAGACUAGAAGAACAUUUAAUAUCAAGUCCAAAUAUAUUUGAUGAUGAAGCUUUACUUAGUGAUAAAAACACAGCAAACAGUCCUGAAUAUUUCAUAACAGAUAUUCCUCUAAGCACAGAAAUAGUAACUAUAAAAGAAAAGAGGCAAUUGGUAGAUGUUGGUACAAAUCCUAUUCAUCACUUUUCUCUAGUUGAUACAUCAACAAGUCCUAUAUUCUUUGAAGUAACAAAAGUUUCUUCAGAUGGAUCAAACACAGAUUCUCGAAUUUUAGAAACAAAUGAAACAGAAAUUGCUAAAAACAUAAGUAAGCAAGACAGUUCUGUAGUUUGUCAAAAGAACAUUUGUACUUUAUCCAGUGGAAAAGAACUGGAAAUAUCUACAGAUUCAUUGAAAAGAAAUUGUUUGGAAGAAAAUAACAGUAAAAAAAUAUGUGAUAAUAUUAAUUAUGACUAUGAAGUGGAAAUGAUACUAGGUAAUAUGCGUUUAGAGCAUGCUUUAAUUACGCCUAUUCCUAGAACACCCACAAUGUCUCACAAAGAGCAACAAAAAGAAUCAAGUGUGUUAUGUUCACAAAGUGAAAAGCAAGACCAUGUUGGAUGUCCAGAUGCUUUGAAAAUAAGAGAAGAAAAUAAGGCAUUACAUGCUAAUAUAUCAUACCUUUGUAAAGAAAUCAUGCAAAUCAAAAAUAUUUUGAAAACUAAAAUGCCUGAUAGCGCCGAAAAUGUUCCAAGUUUUAAUAGUGAAAUAUGUCAUUUAUUUGAUGAUAGUAGUCAAGAAACCAUAAUUUUGACUAAAGAUGAUACAUUGUCUAAUGAUUCUAGAAGUGAAAAUAUAUUACAAUGUCAUAAUUCAGAAAGAAAUUUAGAUUUAAAUUCUGCUACUUUAGAUUUGACCAAACAACAUCCAAUUUCCAAAGACAACCUUGAACUUCAAAUACCAGUGGAGAGUUCGCACAUAGAAAGAGACACUCUUGAUAUUGAUGAAACAACAAGUGGUAAUCAUACUGAGGUGAUCGAAAAAUCAUUUAUCAAUUCUAACAAUGAAGACAUUAGUCAAGAGUCCCCAAGGAAUAUAUUUGAAAACAACAGAAAAUCCUAUAACAAUAACAAAAUUAAAUUUCAAAACGAGGUGCACGAUAUUGAAAAGAUUACUAAUAAUGAAAAUAACAAUUAUGAAAGCCAAGAAAUAGAAGAGAGUAAGGCUGUUGAUCCAAAAAAUUGUAGAACAAUAAACAAAAUUCGAAAACUAACUAAACUCGAUAGGUUUAAGAAAAAAAUUAUGCCAAAAUGUAAAAUUAGUGGAUACGCGGAUAAUCCAACUUUGAGAAAAUUAAGAAAAAGAACUCAGUUAGUUCCAGUAACAAAUAAGAAAUCUUUUGAAAUUUUGAAUAAUAAGGAGGCAUAUGAUAAAGCCUUAAAAGUAAUGGCAGAAUUAAAAUCAAAAAGUAAUGUUGAACUUAAAAAAGAUUUCCGAAAGCCAAAUUCCAAAUUAAUUAACAAAACCGAAGAUUUACCAAGUAUAAAUGACAAUGAUAAGUCUUUUGAAUCUCAUGAAACUGAAAACCAAUUAAAACAAAGUUCAGGACAAGACAAAAUAAGAAUAUCAACAGAUAACACAACUAACAAUUAUUCAUUUGAUAGUGAAAAAGAGCUGUCCAAGUCCUGUUGUGAUGUAAAAGAUUCUGUACCAGAUAGUACAAACCAAAAUCAAACUAUUUCAACACGAAGUAGGAGUAAAAUAAUUCUAGCAAACACAGCAGAAAUAAGAGAAAAGAGUAAAGAUGUUAAAAGUGAUAAUAAAAUUGACCUAAAUUUGCAAAAAACCGGUCGUCGGAGAAAAAGAGUUGAUUCUGGUAAUUCGGAUGUUAGUUGUAAAAGGAUGCUACGAAGUUCAAAUUCAGAAAAAACAGGGGCAAAAGAAUUGAGUUAUGAUUUGAGUCUUACCGUACCACAAAAUAAGCAAGUAACUAUCGAUUAUUCGGACUUAGAUACUUUUUCAACAAAUACAGAAAUGAUUGUUGAAAAAGAGAAUAUACAAUCUGAUAAUGUCAGUUCAAAAGAAAUCGUUAAUGGGAGAAGUGAACUUGAUAAAAGUACUAGCAAUCAUUUGGUAUUGUCAAAACGGAGAUCAGUAAGGCUUAGUUCACAAAAUUCUGAAACAUCUUAUAAAAGAUUGUUGCGCAGCACUAUUUGUGAAUCAGUUAAACAAAAAAAUACUAAAGUAGAUCUAUCAAAAACUUUGAAUGAACCAAGUAUUAUUGUGGAAGAUGAACGAAUAACUAAUCCUGCAUUUAGUGCCUCUAAAAGUGACAAUGAUAAGGUUAAUCAUAUACAGCAAUCAAAUGAUUGUAGAACUAUGAGUAAUCUCAGUAAUAGUAUUUUAUGUAAAAUGAUAAUCAAACAUGGUCGUGCUGCUUUCAAAAGUAAAUCAACAAAAGUGACAGAUACAAUUGCAGACACAAUUUGCAAAAAACUCGACAGUUCAAUAGCGCACAUUUUAGAAGCUGAGCCUGAUAAAGUCCAAUCAGCCAUUAGUGAAAUGGUAGAGGAAAUGAGAAAUAUAAAUGAAAAGAGCCUAUUAGCUGGUUUAAUUAAGCAUCUCCAAGAUCCAGCAAGAAAACUUGAAUUAUAUAAUAAAGUUAAUUGUAAUGGACCCCUAGCUAUGACAAAAAGAGAACAAAUUAUUUUAGCUGCUCUCCAACGUUUAAAUACAUCUGAAUAUAAUGUUGUGAACAAUUUGUUAAGUAACAUUGAGUAUACACUGUUUCGUCUGAAUCAUUCACCAGAUUUUGAUACAAUCGAGAGUCUUUCCCAUUUUUAUGCAGUGACAUGCAAAUUGUUCCAUAUGAAAUAUCGGUUAAAGACAUUCCUUUUAGAUGCUAUGUAUUGUCUUCAAUAUAAGGCAGUCGCUCUCAUAAAGCAAUGUCUAACUGCAUGGAUGCAUAUUUUGCCAAUGGCACACAUGAAAUAUGCAAAAACACCAUUGAUUACCUGUAUAGUUUAUUUACUACAUUUUUAUAAAUGUGAGGAUAAGUUUAACCGAGUCCAAGAUAUAAGGUGGAUACUGAAUAAGAAAUAUUUCUAUAAGUUUAGCGAAUGGAACGAAACAAAAAUUCUGGAAAUGUUUAACAAUGCAAUUAAAAGUGUCAAAGAUGAUCAAUCUGAUAGAUACAUGUUGAGGGUAGCUUUAUUAAUUUUUGCAAAGCGUCAUGGAGCAAGUUGGUGCCAAAGAAAUGUUAUUAACAAUAUGCUUUUACCAAUGAUAGAAGCUGAAAAUACAGUGGAAAGAGUAAAGAUAUUCUGCAUAAAAAUGUUGGGGCCACUCCUCAAACCAUAUCCACCUGAUAUGAAAGUACACUGUGAAAUUAUUGUUAAUCAGCUGUUAGAUAUGUUGGAUCAAGAACAUUUGUCGCGUGGUGUUAAAGAAGCAAUAUUUACAAGUUUGAUUUACAUGAGCAAGCAUAACCCGCCGCGUAUCACUAAAGCUCUGUUGUCAUGGCAACCUGAGGAGAUAUCUUCCGAACUUGAAAUCUUAUUGAAAGCUUAUGUAAGAGAGAAACCAAUAAAGGCUUGGAAAACAAUUUUAUCUAGAAUACACAUUUAAAAUAUUACGCAUGUAAUUAAACUCCG